CGGGCUCGAAUGUAAGCGCAGGAGGUUUAGGGCUUAAGCCAUCCGCGAACCCUAAACGACGAUCAUAGUGGCGGACUCGGGGUCGCGGACGCCGGCGAGCGGUGGGAUCGGAGCAGCAGCGGAGCAGAGGAAUCGAAUUCGAGCUUGGGGGGCGGAUGCAUGAGCUUGAAUUGAAUGGCAGGGCGAUGGAGACAAGCGCAGCGGCGCAAGCGCUGGACGGAUCACGCAGCGCUGCUGCCAGCGGCGAGCUCGCGGGCGCUGGAGCCAUGGGGCGAGCUGACGCGCCCGCUGGCGCAGCAGCUGCGCGCAUUCGAGGCGCAGCCGUCGAUCUACGCGCAGCUGGCGCAAGCGAAGCCGCUGGGGAACGCGCUGCUGCGGCUUCUCGAGCGCGAGGAGCUGCGAUCGGAUGCGCCGGCCGCCGCGAAGGCGAGCGUCCGAGUGUAUUUGGAAAUUCUGUUCGUGGAGAAUUCGCGCCCUUUGCAUCGCGGCCUGCUGGCCAGCCUCUGCCAUGCGCAGGGCGCCGAGCUUAGCGCCCUCCUCGAGGACGCAUUCCUCGAGCUGUGCCGCGAGUAUGGCCCUGGAGGAGCGCGCGAGCGCAAAUUCGCCGUCGUGGGCGUCGCUGCGUCGCUCGCCGGGCUGCCGCAGCCGGGCGUGCUCAAGGAUGUGGCACGCAGGUCGGUGCCCCUCACGGCGCAAGCCGCUUGCCGUGACGUGCAGGCCGUGCUGCAGCACGCGCUGGAGGGCGGGCGCCCGACGCCCACCAUCAUGGAGGAGGCGCAGAACGCCCUGUCCUCAAUCUACUACCUGCUGCAGCAAUUCCCCGAGCGCUUCCGCGACGAUGGCCCUCUGUUCGGCGCCGUCGUGAGCUUGCUGCUCGACGUGCUGCAGACGAGCGUUCUGUCUCGUGACUGCGUCGUGGCUGCCGGCGUCGGGCUGGCCGCUGCGGCGCAAUUGCAGCUCGCUGCUGACGACGGUGCUGGGCUAGCCUUGCUGCUCGCGCGCAUGGCUUUCCCGUCGGCCUGCUCUCAAUUCGCCUUCGCGGUCGUGCGCCCCGACACAGGUCUGGCCGUCGAUGGCGAUGGCGCUGGCGCAGGCGCAGGGCCCCUCGAUGCAUUCGUGGCCGAGCACCGCUCGAGCAGCGGCGGCCUGUGCGACGAGAUGCGGAAGCUGUCGGAGUUCGGUCGCGUGUGCUUCUUCCGUGGGAUCCUGACGGCAAUUUCGCGCAAUGCUCUGAGCGCCAUUCUGCUCCGUGCUCCCCGUCGAGGGAAGAGCGACGACGAUGACGACGAUGAGCUCGGACAGUGGCGAGUUUGGACACUCCUGUACGACGGAAUUUUGCCGGCGCUUUGCGCGUUUUGCGAAAGCUCCGUGGACAGUCAUUUCAAAUUUCACGUCGUCACGGCGCUGCAAAUUUGCCUGCAGCAGAUCAAGACCUCAAUUUGUGGACACCUCACUCGGAAUUUGUUCGAUGGCUUCGCGAGCUCGGCCAAAAUUCACGAAAUCGACUUCCCCCCGUACGAACCCUUCCCCGGCGCCAUGGUCGCCCGAAUUCUCCAGAUAAUUUGGAACAAUUGGGAAGACCCUCUGACACAGACGGUGAAGCAGGUGCAGCUGGUUUUCGACUUGCUCGUGGACGUGCAAUUGGUCCACAGGAGUGACCUGUGUGACAGCCAGGUGCUCGGCAGCGCCACUCCGGCGCCCUGCGACGAUGCCCGCAAGGACAAUUUUCUCUACGAGAUCGCCAGCGAUCUGCUCUCGGCCGGAAGAUACCGCAAGGGCAAGUACGUGCCUCUGGCUUCUCUAGUGCAGAGAAUUGGAGCCAGGAAGUUGCUCGCCAUCAAACCCGAUCUGCUGUUCCAAACGAUCCACGCCUUCUCCGACGACGAUGUAUGCUGCGCCGCCGGGACAUUCUACAAGUCCUUCCUCGAGCGGCUGCGAGAGGAUUGCUGGAGCAGCGAUGGGGUCAUGGAGGGCACGGUCGCUGCCAGGCGGUUGUGGAUCCCUCCUCUGCUUUCGGGCCUGCUUGCCGGCGACUCUCGUCUCCGAAACAAUCUGACGACGUAUGCACUGCCCGUGGCAUUGCAGAUCGACAGUGACAGUGUUUUGAUCAUGUUGGACUUCAUCCUGGAAGGUCAUACUGGUGCCGAAAGCUGUAUGAGCGUGGAAGAGCUCGGAGGAUCGCAUGGCCUCCCCGGGAAUCUGUCAGUAGACCAGCAGGUGGUACUCUUGAUCUCAGUACUGAAGGUAGCUCGGACCAUCGCUCUGGCUUUGGUCGAGGGAGCGAUCGGUUACACACUGAAGCCAGCCGAUAAUUCGACUGCGAGGUAUGAGAGAGAAGUCGAAGAUGAACUCAUAGCGUCCAAAGUGUUGAAAGAAAUGUCGCACGCAGUUUUCACGGUGAAGGGUCAAGCUGUGGAAGUGCACGUGAAUCUUCUGCUGGCAGCUCUGACCCACAAAGAAGAUGGACUGCGAGUCGAUGCGACGGAGCUCAUGUGCUUGAAUCCGAAGACAGCGUCUAUGCCCUCGCCGCUGGAAAUCUGCUUACUUCGCAUCGCCUUGCCUCUGAAUAUGCGCUGUUCCUCUACGUCCUUCCGCAUGAGAUGGACAAGUUUCAUCAAGAAAUUUUUCCACCAUGCUCGCAGCUCGGUUGAGAGACAACUCAAGACCAGAGGCUCGAAUGGUGGAGCUGCAGAAGAUAUAUCCUCGAAUUUAGCAGUUAGUGUGUCCGAGAUGCAGGAAUUCAUGCAGUGGUUGUCCCAAAUGUUGAUCUCCUCACUCUAUCCAUCUGCUCCAUAUGAACGUAAGAACAUGGCUAUGGAGCUCUUCUACGCACUCAUACAGGUGUGGAGUGUGAACGAGUUCUGGGAGAAGAGAUUUACAGGCACCUUGGACUUCUCUCCCUACCACAGAAGCUUACUGUCAGCUGAUUCUACCUUAGUUGUGGUCGGCGCUAUAGUAGAUAGCUGGGACAAACUAAGGGAGAAUGCUUACAAAAUACUUGUUUGUUACCCGACUCCUUUGCCGGGUUUGGACUCAGAAUGUAAGGUUGAAGGGCUGCUCAGGUGGGCCAAGAGUUUGGCGAGUAGCCCUCGUGUAAGAGAAAGUGACGCCGGUGCACUUGCUCUACGGCUGAUUUUUCGUAAAUAUGUUGUAGAAUUAGGAUGGGUGGUAAAGAUUCAUCCAGAACCUCAUGUAGUGAGGCCGACGUCCACAUGUGAAAGUGGAUCAAACUGCUCUCCUGCACAGAGAACUGGAGAAAUGGUGUUGCAGUAUCUCGAGUCUCUGAACGAUUGGCUGCAAUGGGGAAUCGAGGAAGGAGACAAAGACCUACUAAAGGCCUGCAGACAAAGUUUUGUUCACGGGGUUCUGCUCGUGCUGCGAUAUACAGUAGAUGAAAUUGACUGGACUUCUGCCAGCGUCCAGUGCUGUUUUGGAAGUUUCCGUGCAACUUUUGAAAGACUCCUUGCCCUGCUACUGCGCGUCACAUCUUUGGCCUUAUGGGUUGUUUCUGCAGAUGCCUUGAUUCUCAAGUCCAAAUUGAAUGAUUCACCUUCAGGUGCCCCAGAUAGAGAAGAUGAGUUUGCUGGGUCCGUAAAUGACACAGCUGAUAUUGAUGACGAAUACGAUAGCGACAUGGAAGAAGGUCUCGCUCCUGCAGAGCAAAUUGUGAUGGUCGGAUGCUGGCUUUCUGUGAAAGAGGUCAGUCUUCUCUUGGGGACUAUCGCAAGAGCAGUACCUUUGCCAGGUACUAGUGAGUUUCAAGAGAGGAGAGACGAAAAUGGCAAUACACAGACAGAAAAUGUAGAUAUCAACGGGUCCAACGUGAUGCUGGAUGGGAAGCAACUGGAAGCUAUUGGAUCUCAUUUCCUGCAGGUUCUAUUAAGUAUGAAACAUAAUGGUGCGAUUGACAAGACAAGGACCGGAUACAUCGCUCUUUGCGAUCGCUUGUUGCGAUCUAGCGAUCCUUGGCUCAACCGAAUGCCUGAAUCGUGGCUUCAACAGCUAACGAAGCAUACAGGUGCUAAAGGUCAGGUCGUUGAUGACUUGUUGAGAAGAAGUGCGGGCAUUCCUCCUGCCUUUCUUGCUUUGUUCCUCGCGGAACCAGAAGGCGCACCGAAGAAGCUUCUUCCUCUGGGAAUGCGAUGGCUGCUCGAUACUUGCAAUUCCUUUCUGGCUGAGGCAAAGGCCCAAAACCAAUCAGAUGGUCUGGAAGUAAAUGCAGAUGUGGCAGUUAUUGGAACAUCAAAGGUUCACACAAUUGAAGUGGGAGAAAACAAUUCUUCCAGAACUUUGAAGUCUCGUGACGAGGGUGUUGUUCCUACUGUUCAUGCCUUCAAUGUGUUGAGAGUGGUAUUUCAUGACACAAACCUGGCUACUGAUACUUCAGGAUUUUGUGCUGAGGGUUUAAUGACGGCAAUUCAAGCCUUCUCGUCCUCUCAUUGGGAAAUAAGAAACGGUGCUACUCUAGCGUUCACUGCGCUGGUACACAGGAUGGUUGGUUUCCUGAAUGUGUACCAAAGGGAGUCAGCCAAGCGGGCAAUUACAGGUUUCGAGUUUUUUCACAGGUAUCCUACACUACAUCCUUUCCUCCUACAAGAGUUGAAAUCUGCAACAUGGCAGUUGGAGCAUGGAAACACCGGAGGAGUGGACAGCGGGCAUGGACUCGCAAGGACGCUCCACCCCAGUUUGGCUCCUGUGUUGAUAAUAUUAUCGCGCCUUAACCCUUCCUUUAUCAACAGUGAGGUGGAGGACUGGCUCAACCCUUCUGCUUUUAUGCCUUAUGUGUCACAGUGUGCAACUCAACGCAACCUUCAGGUCAGAGUGCUUGCUUCACGUGCAUUAGCUCCGCUUGUGUCUGCCGAAGAUUUGCUCCAAGUUUUGAUCGGACUGGCUGGAAGUCUACCAGUUUCAGCACAGACUAAAAAUUCACAAACUUCCGGCCUGGAGCCCAAGACGACAUCCACAGAGAGAUCGUCAGGCGGAGCGAGGGUGUCUGGAAUCAUGAAGGUCUCGUCGUUCAACGCUAUUCAUGGUGUUCUGUUACAGAUGUACGCUUUACUUUCUUCAAAUUGCAUCAGUCUUCCCGAUAGGGAUCUUCAAGGAAAAAUUUUGACAGAGGUUUUUCAUAUAGUCAAGCACUGCUCAUGGCUGGGCUCUAUCAACCACUGCAGCUGCUCUAUAGUGAUCGGUUCGUUCCUGGACAUGCUGGGUGGACUACUUCAACUUGCAGAAGCUUACCAAGAAGAUUCACAAAGCAUCUGUGAUCAGCUGCACGAACUCCUCACGUGCUUAACGGGCGAUUGUCUGGAAGAUUCUGGCAGUGGUUCUGGCUUUCGAGAUCCAACUCGAGUUGGCCUCCGUGAGAAAGCAGCUAAGUUGUAUUUCCGAGCAGUGUUCUCGCAGAUUGAGGGCUCUUCAGACGAUAGUGAACUUCUUACGCAGGUGACUUCAAAGCUUGGGACUAUGCUAUCGGAUCCUAGUUAUGAAGUUCGUCUGACGACCUUAAAGGUCUUGAAACAGCACUGCACUCUGUCCCCCACGGCCUCGUCACAACGCAGUGACACGCUAAGCUGCAAAGACUACACUUUUUUGAAACCUGUCGUAAUGCAGCGGUUGAGGACUGAAUCGCAGCCACUUUGCAUACGGCGCAUACUUCAAUUGACAUUCUCCUGGUCUCUGAUGGAUAAGCGUGAUCUGGGAGUGACAAGCAGCAGUAAGGAAGAAGAGGACAUGUCUGCCCGAGAUCUUUGGGAUGCUCUACUGAAAAUUUACUCAUCUUCAGAACAAAUCAAGACCAAAGAAGCCUCCGUUCGCUGUGUCGGAGGGUCCUUGCAGCAUGUCAGAAGUAUCAUCGAAAAGCUGACGAGACCCAUGAGCAGAGAUGUAUUACCAAGUUCGUCAACAGACACGAGUAGUGAUCCCCAUAGUCCCGAAGGCGAUCAUACAUCCGUGGCUGAAGAGCAAUGGUCGUAUGUUCAGCAUGUUCUCAGUACCUGGUUGGGUAUCGCCAAAAAGCACUCUGAUGCCAGUGAACCAGUGACUUUCAGGAGGGCCACCGCCGAAGCCAUCAUAGCGUCAGGCUUGCUGGAUGACACACAGUGGAUGGGAAAGGCACUUGAAGGUAGACCCGGAGUCUUUGAAAAAGCUGUCCUGGAGUAUUAUGGCAAGGCCAUUCUCUCUGUAUGGUGCAUAAGCAUCAAACUUAUGGAGGAUGAGGAUUUGGAUCUGAGACAAAACUUGUCUCUUGCAGUUCUCAAGGUCAUUUCAAGUUCAGGUUCGAUACCGGAUGUUGUGCCAGCACAGGUGGAGAAGGUAAUCCAGGUGAGCUUUGACUUUUUGAGUUCCCGACUGGGUACCUGGACACCUUAUUACACUGUGCUAUCCGAGUGGCUAAUCGGCACAGACAUCGACUUCACUCUCAACAACAGUAAUGGUGAUCUAGUCCGGAGACUUUUCGACAAAGAAAUCGACAACCAUCACGAGGAGGAGUUGUUAUUCGUGCAACUCUGUUGCUCACAUCUUGAAAGGUUCAUGAGUCUGCGGUUCAAAAGAAGUGUGGCCAUUACUGGCGAUCCCUCCACUCUUCUGUCCACAUCCUCUAUGCAAGAACUAAGUCUGCGCAGGUGGAGAAUGAGACAUCUGAACCAGGCUACGUUGUGUGCGAAGUUUAGUGUGCAUAGCAUGAACAGCAUCCAAUGGGUAGGGGGCGUGACCAACCACCAGGACACAUUCAAAAGUUUGUAUCGUAGUCUUUUAGGUCUUCUAACAUUUUCUGGUGUAAGAAAGGAUUCAGGUUUUUUAUUCAAUAUGGAUGCUAGUGAAGAAGAAGAGUUAGUGACUGGGUUGAUCGAGCUGACCUCUCUUCUUAGACAGCUCUCGUUGAACCCUCUUGUAUCCAACAUCCUGGUGCUUGUUUUAGACGCUUACGAGAAGCAGCUGGGACGUAGUUUAGGUUCUGUAGAAUUUAAGGCCCAUCUUCAAGAUGCAUUCGUAACGAACUUUGAGCCUAUUUUUCUGAUUAGAUAAAUUGUCAUAGUUGAACUUACAUAAAACUCACAACCACAUGCCAACUCUUCCACCAAUGAUAUCCUCCAAUGAUUUUCGAGGCUCGCCAAUGAUUUCAUGCAAAACCAACCCUG